AGUUGAUGCUGUUUAGUAGGCUUUAGUAUAUAUUCCAGAGCUUUUACUCUUUCUUAAGUGGGUUUCUUAAGAUUUUUCAGUGUGACUGUGAAACUGAACGGAAGUGUAGUCUUUGUGAAGUUGAACUACAGAUGCAAUGGCGGAGGCGCUGCUCACCGGAGCUGUGCAUCUGAACUCCGGCGCUGAUUCUGCGGCGUAUCUACAGGACGAGAAGUCUGACUUUGAUGUGGUCCCUGCUCUGAAUCUGGGGGAUCUGGACAUCACCACAGAUGAGCUCAUCCUGGACGAGGUGGACAUUCACAUUCAAGCGAAUCUGGAGGAUGAUCUGGUGAAGGAGGCGCUCAAGACGGGUGUGGAUCUGCGGCAGUACUCUAAACAGGUGGAGACGGAGCUGCAGCGCAUCGAACAAGCAUCAAUCAAGGACUAUAUCAAAGAGAGUCAGAAUAUUGCCUCUUUACACAACCAGAUCACAGCCUGUGACUCCAUACUGGAGCGUAUGGAGGGCAUGCUGAGCAGCUUCCAGAGCGACCUGUCCUCCAUCAGCAGCGAGAUCCAGACGCUGCAGCAGCAGUCGGUCAGCAUGAACCUGAGGCUGAAGAACCGGCAGGCCGUGCGCGGUCAGCUCAGCCAGCUGGUGGACGAGCUGGUCGUUCCCAGCACCAUGAUCUCUGUGAUUCUGGACAGUACUGUGACGGAGCAGGAGUUUCUGGAGCAGCUUCACGAGCUCAACAGCAAGAUCAACUAUGCUAAAGAGCUCAGCUUCAGAGAAACCCUCGCCUGCUCCGACAUACAGGACAUCGUAGAUCGCCUCAGAAUUAAAGCCGUCUCAAAGAUCCGUGAGUUCAUCCUGCAGAAGAUCUACUCCUUCAGAAAGCCCAUGACCAACUACCAGAUCCCUCAGAACACCUUACUCAAGUUCAGGUUUUUCUAUCAGUUCCUGUUAGCCAAUGAGAGGACAGUAGCUAAGGAGAUCCGGGACGAGUACGUGGACACCAUGAGCAAGAUCUACUUCAGUUACUUCAAGUCCUACAGCGGCAGACUGCUGAAAGUCCAGUAUGAAGACGUUGCAGAUAAGGAUGAUCUGAUGGGAGUGGAGGACACAGCCAAAAAAGGUUUUUUCUCCAAGCCUUCUCUCAAGAGUAGGAACACUAUUUUCACAGUUGGCCAGAGGGGGGCAGUGUUGAGUCCUGCGGAGCUGGAGGGGCCCAUACUGAUCCCACACGCCGCUCAGAGAGGAGACUCCAGAUACCCGUACGAAACGCUCUUCCGCAGUCAGCACUACGCUCUGCUGGAUAACAGCUGUCGAGAGUUCCUCUUCCUCUCCGACUUCUUCAUGGUGGCUGGAAACUCUGCUUUGGAUUUGUUCAACAGCAUUAUGGGAAAAACGCUCGGCAUGUUCCUGAAGAAUCUGUCCACAUACCUGUCAGACUGUUACGACAGUAUUGCGGUGUUUCUCUGCAUUCACAUCAUCCUGCGCUUCAGAGCCAUCACAGCCAAGAGGAACAUCCCCGCGCUCGACAAGUCAGUCCCUCUGUCAUCACAAACACACAAGCUGUAGAGAGGACAGUAGUCUGCUCGUAUUCUGGCCAGUAAUGAACACUCUUUAACAGCACACUGCGUCUUUAGUGUUACAGCACAACAUGACAAUUCA